CUCAACUCUCUCAAUUGAUCUUCACUCUCUUCUUGGUGUACCAACAUUCAUAAACAAGACCAGACAUAAUGUACUACCAUUGACUUUGCUAUGUAGCAGCCACCGCAUGUCUGACUUUAUAACGACUCAUCUUCAUCUAUUCUUAUUGUCUUCGAGCGAAUUUACCUCCUACGUUAAGGUCACUCACCUCACUGCGCUCACUUAACGCGCCAGUUAAAUUCGCAUUCUUUACACUGGUGUCACCUCACUCUGACUUGUCUUGCGCCUACUAAAAACGCCUGACAUGUGCUUUUGAGCACUUUUGAGUCAUCAGACGUCUCUUCACAUUCCUGAGAUCAUCUUGAGUUCUCUUUCAACCUGCAAUUCUCCUCCCUCCUCUUCCCUCACCGCAGACAAGCGUUAGAUCCUGCGGGACAAUCUCCAACAAUAUGGCUCUCACAAUAGAGUCCUCUAGGACUCCUGCACAGGACAUCGACAUGAUGGACAUUGAACUAGACAUCGAUGGGGAAGACUAUGCGGCUCCAAUUGGCGAGGAAUUCCAGUUGGAAGAAGGCGAAGAACCCUCUUUUGUGCCCUCAAGCACCGCCGCCAACACCAGCACUGAGGCGAACCUAAUUCCUGCGAUCUACACCGAAGACCCCAACGAUGAAGCGCAAUGGAACAAGAUACACAUUCGAGGCGUGGAUGAAUUCUCAACUGAGGACAUCAUCACUUUUGCCAACGACCAUUACAUCGCCUCACUCCCAGAGCCUAGGCCUGAAGUUCGUAUCCAAUGGAUCGACGACACCUCGGCCAACAUUGUCUUCCGAGACGGCAAUACCGCCAGAACGGCCAUCCUCUCCUUCCUCCAAAACCCAAUCACUCCCACUGAACUGGCAAAUGCGCCAUUCGAACAACGCACCGCCAAAGCGUUCUCCAGUCGUCCCGCAUCCAUGCUAGUUGUUCGUAUCGCUCAGGUCAAGGAUCGAAAACAAAAAAAUGCGCGGGACGCCUCACGGUAUUAUCUCCUUCACCCAGACCAGGAUCCCACGGAGCGCAUGCGCCGUGAAUUCGCACACAACCGAGGCGGACGAGGCGGAGACUAUGGAGACUAUCGCCGGCGACGAUUCGAUGAUCGCGAACACCGGCGUCGCAGGGACCAGGAUCACGAUGGCGGUGCAGGAGAAGACUUUUCAGCCGAUAUGUACGACGACAACCCCAAACCAGAAGCAUCCUCAUCCGGGCCUGGGAGAGGAAGAGACCUGUUUUCAAAAACCUCCAAAUCGCGAAGACGCAGCGCCAGCCCCAGUUCACGAACCAUCAAUAGCGAUGAGAUUGACAUUUCCUGUUCCGACGACGACGAGUACGAGCGCUCGAAGCGACGUCGCCACAACGGCUACCGCGACCGGACUGAGCGUGAAAGGCCAUACAACAACCGUGUGACCAAUGCUGGCAAAGAACUCUUCUCGUCGACGACCUCUUCUUCUUCUGAGCGACGACGCAACCCAACCCAACAGUCAGACCCAGUCGAGUUAUUCCCUACAAAAGCGACCACCACCUUGAGCGAAAUGGACACCAGCAUGUCCAUGGACGCACCACCACCCAACAACAACAAUACCAACAAUGGCACGCGCCCCAACGAUGCCGCAAACCUACGCGCCAACGCCGCCGCCGCCAAACGUCUCAAAGCCGACCUCCUCAACGCAACCCAAACAUCUCCCCGGUCUCACCACCGACGCAGCCACGCGAUGGACGCGAAGAAUGAAGAAGACCUCGCCGAGCGAUUCGCGCGCAAGAGCAUCUCUCUCGAUAGCACGAAAUCGCUCCGGAACGACUUACCCAACAAAGGCGUUGAAUUGUUCCCGGCAAAUGACGGCGGCGGCGAAAGCAACGGUGGAUUCAGGAUCAAAGGAACCGGCGGCCUGAGUAUCAAGGGUCGAGCGGAAGUCAAGGAAUUAUUCCCCGCGCAAUACCAGCGCAGCGGACGGAAUCAAGGAAAGGAACUUUUCGAUGAACCGGUUAGAGAGAAGAGGGAGAGGAGACGGGCGGGGGAUCUCUUCGACUGAUUGAUCUGGCUGAUGCACAUAGACGCAGGUGGUGGUGGCGGUGCAGAGAAGUCAGGUUGGGGACAAGUACACACGGACUUUCAUCCCAUGGACAUGAUGAACAUACUUGGUCUUGCUUUUCGGUUUCGGUCUUUCUGACACGCAAUGGAAUGAUCACGAGAGAGCGAGAGAGCUCGGUUCAGUUCUGGAACUUGAAUCUCCGAGAGUUUCAUUCUUUGCACUUUCUCAAGACAAAAUGCUUGACAGAUGAAAUACCCAACAGAUGAUGAUACAGAUACGCACGCUUGCUUCCUUCCUUUUCUGAUAUAUUCGUAGAAC